AACUCUGGUUUUUCUCUCUGAAUUAUUGUUCCUUCUCUCUCUUUCUCUCUUCAGAAAUGGGAAGUUGUUUGUCGGUCUCCAUGCCAUGUGAUCAAGUUGUGAAUCAAGUCUCUCAAUGUUUAUCGGUCAAUGGAAGUUACAUCUGCAACCUAUCAGAGAAUUUAGAAGCUCUGCAUAAAGAGAUGGAAGUGCUCAAGGCAAAGCGAGAUGAUGUGCAAGCAAGAGUAAGCAGGGAAGAGUUUACAGGACGUCGUCAAAUGCUUGCUCGAGUACAGGUAUGGUUAAAGAAUGUCCUUGACAUCGAGAAUCAAUUUAAUGAUCUGCUUAGUACUAGCACCGUUGAACUCGAAAGGUUGUGUCUUUGUGGAUUAUGCUCCAAGAAUGUGAAAAUGAGAUACCGUUAUGGCAAAAGAGUAAUCAGGAUGUUAAAAGUGGUUAAGCGUACCAGUUCUCAAGGAGAAUUUGAUGCGGUGACUGAGGAAGUUCAUGUAACUGAGGUUGAAGAGAUACCUAUUCAACCCACAAUUGUUGCUGAUGAAGCAUUGCUUGCAAAGGUAUGGCACCGUCUCAUGAAAGAUGAAGUUGGGGUUAUGGGUUUGUAUGGUAUGGGCGGAGUUGGCAAAACCACUCUUCUUGCGCAGAUCAACAAUAAGUUCACUAAAGAAAAAGGCAGCUUUGAUGUUGUGAUAUGGGUUGUGGUGUCUAAGAGUUUAGACAUCCUUAAGAUUCAAGAAGACAUAGCAAAAAAACUAGGGUUUUGGAAUGAGGAGUGGCACCAAAACGAUGAGUAUCGUAGAGCCAUUGACAUACACAAUGUUCUCAAGAGACGGAAGUUUGUGUUGUUCUUGGAUGAUAUAUGGGCGAAAGUGAACUUACUGGCGAUUGGAGUCCCUUAUCCAAAUAUAGCAAACAGAUGCAAAGUAGCGUUCACUACACGUUCUAAAGAUGUGUGUGGGCGCAUGCAGGUUGAUGCCAUGAUGGAAGUCAGUUGUUUAGAUCCCGAUAAAUCGUGGGAGUUGUUCCAAAAGAAAGUUGGAGAAAGCACGUUGAAAACCCAUGCAGACAUUCCUGAUCUUGCAAGACAAGUCUCUGGAAAAUGUUCUGGCUUACCAUUGGCGCUCAACGUAAUCGGGGAAACUAUGUCAUGCAAAACUACUGUACAGGAAUGGCGUCGUGCAAUAGACGUUUUGUCUUUAUCGGCUGCAGAUUUUUCAGGAAUGAAAGAUGAAAUUCUUCCUAUUCUCAAGUAUAGCUAUGAUAGCUUAAAUGGAGAAGUGGUGAAAUUAUGUUUUCUUUAUUGCUCUCUUUUUCCUGAAGAUUAUCUUAUAGAUAAAGAAAGACUGGUGGAUUAUUGGAUAUGUGAGGGGUUCAUAGAUGGAAGACAAGAUAGAGAAAGGGCGAUGAACCAAGUUUAUGAGAUACUUGGCACCCUUGUCCGCGCAUGUUUAUUGGUGGAAGGAGAGAUGAAGAAUAUAUCAUAUGUUACUAUGCAUGAUGUGGUACGUGACAUGGCUCUAUGGAUAGCAUCUGAUCUUGGAAAGGAUAAGGAGAUAUACAUUGCGCAAGCCGGUGUUGGAUUACGCUAUAUGCCAAUUGUCAAGAAUUGGAAGGCUGUGAGAAAGAUGUCACUGAUGCGUAAUGAUAUUGAAAUAAUACGUGGCAGCCCCGAAUGCACUCAACUUACAACUUUAUUCCUUCAGAAAAACCAAUCAUUGGUACAUAUUUCCGAUGGAUUCUUCAUGUAUGUUCCAAUGCUAGUGGUGCUGGAUCUGUCAGGUAAUGUAGGCCUCUCCGAGUUACCGCUGUUUCAGUUGGUAGCGUUGCGGUAUCUUGAUUUGUCACGAACAAGCUUGAAGCAAUUUCAUGUUGGAUUACAAGAGUUGAAAAAAUUAAUCCACUUGAAUCUGGAGUCCACACGGAAGCUUGAGAGCAUUUCAGGGAUAGCAAAUUUGUCAAGUUUGAGGUCACUUGGACUACAAGGAUCCAGCAAGACGGUAGAUAUGAGCUUGCUGAAGGAGCUGCAGCUCCUGAAAUAUCUAGAAAGGCUAGCCAUUGAGGUCUGCUCAGGGAUAGUUUUGGAGCAAUUGUUAAGCUCUCGCAUGUUGGUGAAAUGCAUUCAAAAGGUAGGCAUCAACAACCUUGGAGAACCGACGAAAGUAUUGACUUUGCCAACUACAUGUGAUCUACGUAGGCUCAACUUAUCGAAAUUAAGAAUGGGGGAAAUACAUAUUGAUCAGAAGACAACAUCAUCACCGAACAAUACUGGUCUCACAGCUCCAUGCUUCUCAAACCUCUCCAAAAUCGAUAUAAGCAAAUGCAAUCUUCUAAAAGAUUUGACGUGGCUGGUGUUUGCUCCAAACCUUGUUGAUCUUAGAGUUACUUGCUCACAUCAAUUGGAAGAGAUUAUAAGCAAGGAAAAAGCUGCAAGUGUUCCUUUUCAAAAACUAAGAAGCCUCUACUUAUCUAAUUCACCUAUGUUGAAGAGCAUUUACUGGAGUCCUUUGUCUUUCCCAUGUUUAAGCAAAAUAAGCAUUGAAGGUUGUCCGAUGCUGAGAAAGCUUCCAUUAGAUGCUAAUAGUGUUGUCAGGUUUGAUGUAUUUUUCAUAGAAUACAGAGAGGAAGAGUGGAUCAAAGAGGUUGAAUGGGAAGACCAAGCCACUCAAUUGCGUUUCUUGCCUUUCUGUAAGCUUGGCCCUGACCUGACAGGAACGCCAAAUAAGUCUAAUGCCCAUACUCAAUCGAUAAACAGUGUAGAAAGCAGCUGUCAGUAAUUAAAUUAUUUUAUGGAUAUCGUUACUCGUUUUCAACCUCUUGUUGUGUAACUUCAUACUCUAUAUUUUCACA